UUGCAUGUAGAUUCACAUUUGUUAUCGCGCAAGAAUUAUAACCAUUUGCGCGAAGAUAGAUAUUAGGAGGGACACAUUUUUGUAAUCACUGUUCUAUAGCACUGAAUUGUAACCACGAUAACGAAAUCAUUACUGGGAUUUGUAUUUUACCUUCUACUAGAUUUCCGUUCAACUGAAAAUCUAAAACAUAAUCUCGAUUAUGUUGUGCCGAAUGAAGAUAAUCUAUGAUCCAGUAAUACAGCAGCCACCGCGAUUCGAUGAUACAUAAUUCAAGAAUAAAAGUGUACAGUUUUCUAGCUGGUUUACCAGAUGCUGAGGAUGUCUUUAUACCGGGACGAAAAAGCCGCCACACUUCAGGUACUCAUCGUCCGUCGUGCAAGAUAUCAGUCAUCAUGGAGGAAGACGAGCAAAAAAUGGCUGUAAUGCGAAAGGCAUUCCAAAUGUUCGAUACGACGAAAAGUGGAUUUAUUGAUACUUUGAAAAUUUCAACGAUAUUAAACACAAUGGGUCAAUUGUUCGAUGAUGCUGAUUUGAACGCUAUAAUCGCGGAGAAUGAUCCGGAAGGAUCUGGUAAAGUGAACUUUGACGGAUUCUGCAGAAUUGCUGGGCGAUUUUUGGAAGAAGAAGAUGCUGAGGCAAUGCAAGAAGAAUUAAAAGAGGCUUUCCGUUUAUACGAUCGCGAAGGAAAUGGAUAUAUCACGACGGCUACAUUAAAAGAAAUUCUUGCUGCUCUCGAUGACAAACUUACUAGUGCAGACUUAGAUGGUAUAAUUGCUGAGAUUGAUACCGAUGGAUCGGGAACUGUUGACUUUGAUGAAUUCAUGGAGAUGAUGACUGGAGAAUAAUGCUUUGAAGCAACUGACAAAGCGAUGUUGAAGACAGUACACUUAAAAUAUUGUUUUAAUAUUUUUGUUGACGCUAGAAUCGUGAAAUUUGUUUAAUAAAAACGAUAAUAUAAAUGUUUUACUUCUCGAUUAUUUAGAAGCCU